AUGGUUGCAAGUGCUGAUUACAGAAGGAUUCAGUCUAAAACCAGCCCAAAUUUAUCAAGCUCUACCAAGCGCAGUAUUGUCCUGGACACCACCUCGUGCAUUAUUCCAAGUUCAAACAGUAGUCCUCCCAAGAUCCUGUCUUCAAAAUAUGAAUUGGAGACUGAGAGAAAAUCGAGUACUUUUCCAGGAAAAGAGCACAUUGAAAACAUCUUGGAAGGAUAUGCACAGCAAGUCAAAGACCUGCAGAAGAAGCUAAGUGAAAGUACAGAACAAAAUGAGCAACAGAAAUUCACAUUAAGGCAAUCAAUUAUUGAGCUGCAGACAAGUCUUCAGGAUGUGAUGAGAGAGAGAGAUUCCAUUAAUGAAUUAAGACGAAAGGAAUCUCAAACGCAAGAAGAUCUCAGUAGUAGGCUGAGGGCUACAGUUGAUGAAUUGCAGACAGCGAGCCUACUUCAGGAUGAAAUGCUGAAGGAGUCCAGUAGCCAGGUUGAACAUCUAAAGAAGUUGGUACAGGCCCAUGAAGAUGUGUUUGAGGAACUCCGAAAUCUUCUCCUGCGUCAUGGAGACAGUUCGAACAGGAAGAUGUAUGAAUAUGAAAGUGUGCCCAAUCUACGCGUCAGCAACCUGCCCUCUGCUUUUGCCAAGGUUCUCCAGGAGUUGGAAACAGACAUAUUGCGUUUGAAAACAAGGUUUGCUCCACUGGAAGAGCAAAUAGAAAUGAUGAACAGAGAAUCACAGUCUAAAACUGAAGUUUUGCUUCAACAGCACCAGGACACCAUGGAGAGGCUGAUCGGUGAACAUGAACAGGAAUUGGAAGUAUUGAACGAGACAGUGAAGGCUUCCCGCAGCCACGCCAGCAAUAUUCAAAGCCAGAUGGAAAUCAUUCAAGAACAAGCAAGAAAUCAGAAUUCUUUGUAUAAGCGCCAGAUCAGUCAACUGGAAGGCAUGGUUUCUCAGCUGCGCUCUGAGCUACGGGAAGAAAGGAGAAUGUCCCAGGAUAAGAUAGAAGAUCUGGAGAAGCAGCUGCAUCUGGUUCACUCUGAGAUGGCUGAGGCUCAGAAUGAAAGGGAUCAAUACAGCCAAGAAACUGGAAACUUAGAUGAUCAGGUUCAGCAAUUGUUGGCUGAGCUCCAUAAGAAAGAUACAGAGCUGAAUGUGGAAAGGGAGCAGAAUAAGAGGCUCUGGGAUCGAGACACAGGGAGCAGCAUCACCAUUGACCAUCUGCGGAGAGAGCUGGACAACAGAAACAUGGAGCUGCAGCGCAUGGACUCCAUUGUGAAGUCCUUGCAGAUGGAGUGUCAAGGACAAAUGGAACGUCAGAUGUCUGCAAUUAGAGAGAAGAACGAAAGCCUGGAGAGGGUAGCCUCUAUCACUGCCCAGCAAGAGUCAACCAAAGAAAUGCUCCAUAAAGUUGUCGAAGAACUGACCGACAGAAAAGUAAGUUUGGAGUCUGCAGAGAGGCAAAUAUCUGACCUGACAUGUUCCCUGCAGGAGAAGGAAAAAGUAAUUGAGUUGACCAAUGAGGAGAUCCAGAAGCUCCGUGGGCGGGUCGAUAGCAAAUUGCAGGAGCUCCAGCAACUAAAAAGUGAAAGCGAUCACUUGCGAAGUGUGCAGUCUGGCUGUGAGUCCAUGAAGAUACAGGUGAUGGAAAAGGAGAAGGUGAUUGAGAUCCUCCAGAAGCAAAUUGAGAGCAUGACCGAGAUUGUAAGCCAACAUAGCCGGACAGCUGGUGCCAUGGAGACAGAAAAGUCUCAGCUCUUAAAAGAAGUCAGUGAUAAGAAGUUGGAGCUUCACGAACUGAAGAUUUUGCACGACAAGAAAGAUAACCACAUUCGUGAGUUAGAGGCCAGCCUGAGUGACAUGGAAUUAGAAAAGGUGAAACUGAUGAACGUGUGCUCUGAGAGGCUCCGGGUACUGAAAGAGAUGAAACUGGAAAGAGAAGAACUUGUGAAUGAAAUCAAAACCAGUCGCAUUGAGCUCACGGCUCUAGCAGAGGAAGCAGAAGUUAUAAAGAGUGACUACCGAGAGAAAAAUGAAGAUAUGGAAGCAACUGUGAGCAAACUGAAGCUGCAGCUGAAAUCUGCUCAGAUUGAAUUGGAGCAAACCAGAGCCACUUUAAAGACUAUGGAGGGGGCUGAUGGCCAUGCAAUGAAAGUUGCGAUGGGGAUGCAAAAGCAAAUUACAGCCAAACGAGGACAGAUUGAUGCUUUGCAGAGCAAAAUUAAGUUCUUGGAGGAAGCAAUGACUAAUGCAACUAAGGAAAAGCAUUAUCUGAAAGAAGAGAGGAACCGAUUAAGCCAUGAGCUGACCUGUAUGGCUGCUUUAAACAACAAAUUGGCUGGAGAAUUAGAAAUCCUAAAGUCACAGGAUAAACGUUUGAAAGACAAACUUGUGACAAUGGAAGCUGCUCUAGAUAAAGCAUCUCUGCAGUUUGCUGAAUGCCAGUGCAUCAUUCAGCGGCAGGAGCAGGAAGUUAUGCGCUUCAAGCUUCAGCACACUUUAGAUGUAAAAGAGCUGCAGGGACCAGGAUACACACUGGGUUCCUCUUUGAUGAGGAACUUGCCUCACUCAUCCAGCACACCAUCAUCUCAAAGUUUUGCAGGCCAUCUCUCUCAUAUGCCAUCCAAACUUAGCUACACCAAGGAGGAUCCGUUGCAAGAUUUAAAACAACUUCUUCAAGACUUACGAAAUACAAUUGAUGAAAUACCUUCUGUAAUUCUUCCCAAAACAGAAAGUGACAGCGAGACCGACUUUAUAGAAGGCACGAGCAAUACUCUAGACUUUCCUAGCAGAGAAAGCAUUGGCAGAAGAUCACAUGACCCCUGCAGGGAGGCUGCGGUCAGAGAUUUACCUUCAGAGAUGGCUGUGGGGCAAGAAGCAUUUAGCAGGGAUGCAUUAACGUUACAUAGUGCAGAUCUUGAAGAUCAAGAAGCAACUUUCCCAUUUACAUCCAGUGUGUCUCAAAUGAUCUCUACCGCUCGCUAUACCUCUUCAAAGAAACCGUCCUCAGAUGAGCGAUACAAAGAUAGGUCUCCUGUGCAUUCCUUGCUAACUGCUCCAUUGGAUGACCUUAAGGUGAUUCCCCGACCCUCCUUGGAACGACGGUCAAGUCUGAAGAAGAACAGUGUCCCAGAAGCCACAACCUCAACCUCCAGUCGAAGUAUGUCCUUCAGCACCUCUUCUU